AUGAGGCUGCUUUUCGUCGCCCUCCUGACCGCGGCUCUGGGCGGCCCAGGCCCAUCACUUGCAUCGCAGCAACGCCACUUUGCCUCGUCGCCUGCGCCUGCCGCCGUCUCUUGGUCAUCCAUCCCGCCAUGCCAUCCAUUCUGCCCCUCUUCGCACGGCUCCCUCGCCCAAAUCGAAUCGCGCCGCUACCCCGCGGCAUCGCUGGGCAACCUCGAGUUCACCAACCCGCUGAUUGGCACCCAGGGCCCGGAUCCAUCCGAGUACGGCGGCAUGGUCCCUUCGCUCUCGUCGCCGUUUGCAUCGACCCGCCUCAUCCCAAUGACGCGCGAGAACAAGGUCAGCGGCGUUCCGUACCACUUCAACGACACGUCGAGCAUCGGCGCCAUCAUCAGCAGGCAGCCCGCUAUCUGGAUGGGAGAUUACGGCCACGUCGCCCUCUGGUCCACCGCUAGGGGCGAGGACGUCAAGCUCGACGUGCACCAAAGGGCAAAGCCCUUCGAUCGCGAGCGCGACGAGUAUGCAAAGGUGUGGAAGUACGCCGUACGGCUCGGCGGCCAAGGGCCAGAAGAGGAGCAGGUCGUCAUGGAGCUGGCGGGCAAGAGCCGAGCUCACAUGGUCCAGUUCACCUAUCCCGACCUGCCGUCGACCCCAGAAGCCGGGGCGGCCGGGGUGAUGAAGGACGAGGACGAGCAUGCAAAGGGCCCGGCCAUCUCCUCCAAAUCCUCGCGGGCUUCGUGGCGAGGUGGUGUCGAGAUCGACGUCGAUCACGGCGAGGUGAGCGGCUACAACACCGAGCGCAUGGACUACCGGCUUGGACCCAACCAGGCGCUCGACUUCAAGGGAUGGUACGUGGCGCGCAUCGAGCACCAGCUGCAGGGCUCCGAUCAGUGGAUCGCCGGUUUCGCCUCAGACGGGCAUCGCGUCGACUACGGCACGGUCCACACCAACUCGAGCGGGACCACGCUCCAUCCCGCCGAGCGGGCAAGGUGGAACGACCUCGGCGUCUACGGCUACGUACGCCUGCCUGCCAACGUCAAGCGGGCGAGGGUGCGGAUCGGCAUGAGCCUCAUAUCGAAGCAGCAGGCCGCGUUCAACCUCGAAGACGAGAUGCCCGACGGCACCGAGCUCGAGGACGUGGUGCAGCACUCGAUCGAGGCAUGGAGGAAAAAGGUGGACCGGAUCCAGGUCCAGGGCGGCGAGCAGAGGGACAAGACCAUCCUCUUUACGGCCAUGGUCCGCGCCAGCGUCUACCCGGCCGAACACGCCGAAGUGGUGCCGCCAGAGGGCUGGAAGGCUCGAGCCGCUGGUGCGAUGCCUUCUGCCUCGCCCGCACCUUCCGAGCACGGUAUCCCCCACGCGCGCCAGCACAUUGCCACGGCUGCGUCGACGGCUGCCGCAGCGGCAGCCGGGGAAGAGCGACAGCAUCACUACUACUCGGCCUACACCGACUCGGUCCACCGCGUGCCAAAGGGCAAAGGCACGCAGCGCUACCAGUCGUUUUCCAUCUGGGACAUCUACCGGGCGCAGUGGUCGACGCUGAUCCUGUUCGAGCCCGAGCGUGUUGCCGACAUGGUGCGGUCGAUGCUCGACAUCUACGACGAGUCUGGACGGCUGCCGAUGUGGGCCAACCUGGGCGAGACCAACAUCAUGAUUGGCACGCACGCCGACUCGCUCAUCGCCGAGGCGGCGCUCAAGGGCAUCUCUGGGUUCGACGCCGACAAGGCGUGGCGGGCUGUCCUCGACGACGCCACGGUGCCUCCGGAGCGCGAGGGCGAGCUGCGCUACGCCGACCGCGAGGAGUACACGCCGCUCGAGGUGCGCGCGGGCCUGUCGGCGUACGAGGAGCUUGGGUACGUCCCGCUGGACCAGUGGGACGAGUCGACGAGCCGCACCCUCGACUACGCCUACGACGACGCGGCGGUGGCUGUGCUGGCCCGGCUGCAGAAUCGCACCGAUGAGGCGGAGCGCUUCGAGAGGCGGAGCAAGACGCGCUGGCGCAACGUCUUUGACCCGUCGACGGGCAUGGCGUGCGCGCGGCACUCGAACGGCAGCUUCCUGCCGCAGCCGCUGCCGACGCCGCAGGCGAGGCAGGACGGCUUCACCGAGGGCAACAUGUUUGACUACACGUUUGCGGUGCCGCACGACGUCAAGGGCCUGAUUUCGUACCUCUCGCCCUCGAAGCUCGUCGAGCUGCUGCGGCGGCACUUUGACGAGGGCCACAACAACAUCUCCAACGAGCCGUCGCAGCACAUCCCCUACCUCUACUCGUACCUGGACCGGCACGGGGACACGCACCGCAUCGUGCGGCAAAUCCUGGGCGAGGGGUACGGCGACCGAGAGGACGGCAUCACGGGCAACGAGGACUGCGGCCAGAUGAGCAGCUGGUACCUCUGGAACGCGGCGCUGGGCGUGUACCCCAUGAACCCGGUCAGCGGCGAGGUUGUCGUGGGCGGCGGCAUGGCGUUUGAGCGCGUCGAGGUGCGCAUCCCGCCCCGACGUGCGGGCGGCGAGGCGACCAGGCUGACGAUCACGGCCGAGGGGCUGGACGAGGGACGGGUGUACACGCGCGGGGUCGAGGUGAAUGGGCAGAGGAGGGGCGCGGUGCUGCGCUGGCAGGACCUCGUCGAGGGCGGCGAGUGGGCGUUUGACAUUCGCGGCGAGACCGGACCGUGGGAGGCGUAG